ACUGGCAUUCGUGUGGAUUGUACCACUUUGCGGUCAUGGGGGGGACGCAGCGGGUAGAAGUUCUUGUUUAACCUCUUCCGUCCAAUAUCUGAUAACACUCGAUUCAUUCUAUUACAUUUUAUAGUAGCCAAUGAUAAGGUAUUUGAUUAUUUUUAUGUAAUGUAACAUUAGUAGUGUUUAGGCUCCUCAGCACAUCUGUGGAAUACCCCCAUCACAUCAAACUGACGGCCGUACAGUAAGCUGUCAAAAGCUUGUUGCUUAAAUCUGUGCAGUGCUGUGAAGUGAUGAGGAAAUGAGGACGAAGUAACAAGCUUCAGUAAUACGAACAGAGCAGACUUGAAGCGGUUAUUAUUACACAGACAUUUCGGGAACACUUGACAUCUUGUUUUCGUUAGUUCCCGUGGACUGUCGUGUCGUCUGUCCGGGCUGGUGUGUGAUCUUCUGAGACGUGAAGGUUCAUCCGUGAUGAUGAGAUUAUCAACAGGAAGUGCCUUUGGGAGGAUAUCAUCGACUUGUGGUUGUUCUGUGUCCGUUGGUGGCCUCUGCUCUCUGUAAGGCCAGACUCAAGCUCCAACACUGGGUACCUCUGCUGCAAGCCUUUUGUCUGCGACUUUGCACAACGUCAGGACCUAAAAAACACUUUAAGAUUAAGCCAUAAUAUAAUCAGACAGAGGGUAGUAACCCUGGAAUGUAUAAGUAAAGUGACAAGUCUCCACAGCAGUUCUUUCUUCUUGAUUGGUGAUUUCUCUGUGAUCACCCAGCUCUCUGAUCUUCGUGCUCCAGCUGAUGGAGGACUCGCCUCAUUGUUUUAACAGAAGACUUACUUUUUAGAUCCAGUUUGCAGCAUUGCGUUGUACGAGACGCAAGAAGAUUGACUUUGGAAAAUAAGAAUUUAUGAUUACAACCUUCAAACAUGGCGUUGAACCUUUCCUCAGUGAGGGACACAAAAUGGCUAACUCUGGAAGUGUGCCGACAGUUCCAGCGAGGAAACUGUUCACGUAGUGAUGAGGAAUGCAAAUUUGCUCAUCCACCCAAGAGCUGCCAAGUUGAGAACGGGAGGGUCAUUGCCUGCUUUGAUUCACUGAAGGGUCGAUGCUCAAGAGAAAACUGCAAGUAUCUUCAUCCACCUUCGCACUUAAAAACGCAGUUAGAGAUCAACGGACGCAACAAUCUCAUCCAGCAGAAGACAGCGGCGGCCGUGCUCGCCCAACAGAUGCAGCUCAUGAUCCCAGGACCCAGCCUGCAGCCUGUGGGACUUGGCACAAACACUGGUCUCGGUUAUGGGUCAUACAUGACACCGUUGGGCCAUGGGAUGAGCCUUGUCCCCACAGACAGCCUGCCCAGCACCCCGGUCCUCAUGUCAGGGAGCCCGCCUGUGACAGUUCAGAGCUCCUCCUCCUCCUCCUCCUCUUCUUCUCCCUCACAGAAGCUGCAGCGCACAGACAAACUAGAGGUGUGCCGUGAGUUCCAGCGGGGAAACUGUGCACGAGGGGAGACAGAUUGCCGCUUCGCUCACCCCAGUGACAGUCCCAUGAUUGACAGCACUGACAACACUGUCACUGUUUGCAUGGACUACAUUAAGAGUCGCUGCUCCAGGGAGAAGUGCAAGUAUUUUCACCCGCCUGCACACUUGCAGGCCAAAAUCAAAUCCAGUCAACAGCAAGUCAGCCACACAGCUGUGGCAGCCCAGGCAGCAGCUGCAGCCAUGACUCAGUCGACUGCCAAAGCAAUGAAGCGAUCCCUCGAGGCAACUGUAGACCUGGCCUUUCCCCACAGCAUCCUGCAACCUUUACCAAAGAGACCGGCUCUGGAGAAGAGCAGCUGGGCCAGCUCUCUCCUCAGCCCCAGCUUUCUGCAUUACCAACAAGCUCUGGCCAACACACAGCUGCAUCAGCCCACCGCCGCUUUUUACCCCACAGGUUCUGUCUUCUGCAUGGGUCCUGCUAACACCGUUGUCCCCAUGAUGUACAGUGCUACGCCUGCUACUGUCUCUGCAGCAACUACUCCCGCCACAAGUGUCCCCUACGCAGCAACAGCACCAGCCAAUCAGAUCAUUCUCAAGUAACCACCAGGAGCAGAAGUCAGUGCCGUGUCGCUGCUGUUAAAGACCCCAAACAGCUGCUCUGUAAAUACUCUGUUAACACCACACACAAGCUACAACAAGCUGCAUGCUGAUAACAUCCCUGUAGACAAUAUUUUGAUCCUCAUAAUCAGUAACAUAGCUAAAACACUAGGAUUUUACCGUGUUAGAUAAGUGUCCUAGGAGAUAAUUGUAUGUAAUCGACUUUGCACCUGCAUUAACAUGCAUCCUCGUUUCUAUUUCCUAAUCCCAUCUAAGCCUCAAUGAGCUGAAAUGCAACGUGUGCCUCGUAUAAAAAACAAACUGUUCUGAUCGAAUUUAACAAAGAAACACACGAACCAAUUAAAAACUGAAGUGCUUAUAUAUUAACAAAUUACAUCAUUAAACUAACAAAAAUAUGACUGACAAAUUUGAGUUGUGUAAAUGUUCAUUAAGACAAAGAUGAGCAUUUGCAAAUCUAAUCUGAACUUUUCAGAUUGCGGACAUGUUAAUCCCAGGUGUAAAGGGGUCCAAUAUCCAAAAGUGAUAAACAGUGUCAUUACAAAACUAAGCAGCAAAAUAUUUUUCCUUCUGGAGUGUGUUAAGUUAACCUGGGGAACAUUUAUCCUUCACACUAAUGAUUGUUUGUGUUGUUCUGUCUAGUGCCACAUUUCAUUAUUUUGAACAAACCAGUAAAAAACACUUACUUUAACUUUCUAAAACACAUGAAUAACUAAUGAAAGCUCCUUUCAAAUGUUCAGAGGGAUGCUCAUGUACCAGUAGGUUUCUCAUCCCCAGACAACAGGAUCAGUGCUCCACCUCCUGGUGUGCCUUUGCAUUGCAUUUACUACAAAAAAAGAAUACUUUGCUGCAGAGACUUCUUCUUCUUCUUUAAGGCAGCGAUGCAACAAUAAUAACACAAAAAGUGUUCCCCUCUUUAUAAUGUUAAAAUAAAGAUAUAUAUCUGGAUUAAGAGUCACAAUGAAAAGAAGAAGUCUUCACCUCUGGGGCAGUUUUCACAGAGAUAGAGUUUGACUUUGUUCAAACAUGUAGUCAGGUUUCACAAAGCUGUUAAAGUUGUAAUGACAAUAACUGUCAGAGUCUGCCUAUUAAAACAUUUGCCUGUUGACUCUUAAAAAAAAGCAUUUACUGGGAAAAAAAUCUACAGUUCUUUAAAUUUCAAGACCUCAGAACAAAAUGAAGACCACACUAAACUAUCUUUGUGAAACCGGCUCCUCGUUCAACUUAAAGAUUUAAUGACCAAGUUUUCAAACUCUAGUUCCUCUAACCCUGUAAGGGUUGUGUAGUGUGUGAACUGUUAGUCUUAAUGUUACAGUCAGAUGUCAGUACUGUAUUUUUGAAUGUUACUAGUGCCUAAAGAAUUGUGAGGAUGAGGAUAACUGCAUAUGUAAAAGGCUUUGUGUGCAAAAUAAAUUGAAGUCACAUUUAGAAAGUAAAGUUCUGCACUGCUGUGAGUGCAACUGUGUACACCUGUUAGGAUUUAGUUAAACAAUUAAUUUUCACUGAUAUUCAAAUUUUUAUGGAUGUAUACAACUUAAUAACCAUCUUUCUUUAGAGAUGUAGUGUAGAACAAUAUUUCUUUACUAGUUUGAUGCACAGUUGAAAACAUAAUGUAGUAAAGUAGAGUCUAAGCAGCUAGGAUAGUUAUGUAUGGAUGAUACAACAUUAUGCAAAUACUUUUACUGACAGCAGGCAGAGUGGGUGUUGUGUUAGUGAAAACAAAACUUAUAUAGAAAAGAGUUUUCACACAUACUAUACGUAAAGGUGAACAUUGCUUUUAGUUUCACAUUUGAGUUCAACUGUUCCAUGAAAUGAUUCUUGUGUCUUUUCAAGUUACUGAGUUCUUUUUAUGAAAACAUGCGUUCACUUGUGUGUGAUUAACUGAGACAAUCCACCAAGAGAUUUUCAUUUGUUCACUUGUGUGUGUUCAUUAUACGUUUUACACAUUACUGAAUGGAUUAUAAGGAGUAUACUUAUAGUAGUUUAACACUUUUAAAAUGUAUUCUCUUCUAUUUUAUGAUGAAUGUAAUUUAUUGAACUGACUUUAGCUCUGCUCGAGGUUCCUCAAAGGGCCUCCAUCAGUUGUUUUAGCCUACAAAAAGCCGUCUUGUGUCCAGGGAUCAAAUGUUUGAGCAAAGAGAUGCUAAAAACAGUUCAUCCCUGUCACUGCCUUGUCACCUGUAAGGGACAACCUACCUUUGUAUGAGCAAGGCCAUAGAGAAAAAUUGCAUUUUAUGUACAAAAAGUGCAUUGUACAGGCCACAUUAAGUGUAACUUUCCAGAUAGUGUAAUAAUAGUUUGCCAUUUAAUUGUUUUGAUGUGUUGCUGAUGCAAUCUGAAGUUGCAGUGGUCAAUUACUGUAUUUUUGUAGGUGAUAAGAUUGUUUUCUCUAUUUCACAAUUACACACUAGAUUUUGUUGUCAGAUUUUAUUAUGCCAUGGUGAAACACUGUAAGUGAUUCAGUGCAUAACAAAUAUAUUUUAAAAUGUAACUUUUUUUUUCUGCAUAUUGACAUCUUGCAGCCAAAAUACAACCCAGUGGCAGUUUAAACCUUAACUUCAGUACAGAUUAUGAUAAUGUCCAAAUUUAGGGUUGUUAUUACUGUACAUAUGAAUAUAUAUGAAAGACUUUCCCCUUAUUUAUUUCACCUGCAGAUAAAAGGCAUAUAACCGAAUGUUUGUUUCACCUUUUGGCAAAAAGCUUGAAUGUCGUGGUAACACCUGCACAUGGAGGUUGGUUUGAGGUUUGAUCACACAGUCAUAAAGAUGUGGACAGUAAGAAUGUUUGGUCUGACUGACUGAUGGAAACAUUUCACCGAAGCACUUUCUCCACAGUCAGAUGACUGAGAAGACAUGCUUUUUGUGAACUUUGCCUUAUCUUUGAUCUAUUCCUGAGUUUGUAUUUGUUAAGUGAUUCUGAAUUCCAUAUUGUCUAAUAAACAAAAUACAUUUCACUGAA